CUGGACAACAUGCCCUUGCGAAGCUCUGGCAAGCUGAGCAUGGAGAGCAGGAGAGAGGACAGCGAGAGCACAGCGCCUGCCCCUCCGCAGAAGAAGCUGUCCUGCCAGUGCCACCACCACUGCCCUGAGGACUCAGUCAACAGCACCUGCAGCACUGAUGGCUACUGCUUCACCAUAAUAGAAGAAGAUGAGGCCGGAGGACAUUUAGUCACCAAGGGAUGUCUGGGAUUAGAGGGUUCAGACUUCCAGUGCCGGGACACUCCCAUUCCACACCAAAGAAGAUCAAUUGAAUGUUGCACAGGUCAAGAUUACUGUAACAAGCAUCUUCAUCCUACACUGCCACCCCUGAAAAACAGAGACUUUGCUGAAGGAAAUAUUCACCAUAAGGCGUUGCUGAUCUCAGUGACCGUUUGCAGUAUUCUUCUGGUGCUUAUCAUCAUAUUCUGCUAUUUCAGGUACAAGAGGCAGGAGACGCGGCCGCGGUACAGCAUCGGGCUGGAGCAGGACGAGACCUACAUCCCGCCGGGAGAAUCCCUGAAGGAUCUCAUCGAGCAGUCGCAGAGCUCUGGCAGCGGCUCCGGGCUCCCUCUCCUGGUAAGAGACAAAUGUUCUUUGAAUGCUGCGCUGAAAAGGCAGAG